AAAAUAGACUGUUUAAUUUUUCUCGAUUAACGGAAGCGAACCCAUUUUUCCGUUCGGUGCGUAAACAGAAUUUCGACACGUGAAAUCUGAGCGGAAACCCAAGUGAAAAACAACAUGGAAUGCCGACGAUAAUUGACGACAGCUGCACAGAGACUCCGGAAUGCCAAAAUAUCACCGAAUUAAUCCUACCUACAUCGUAUAAUUGGGGUUAGUCACAACUUAUUACCCAUCGAAUUAAAACCGUAUUAGAUCACACACACGACUUGAACUUAACAGCAUCAAUUAUAGCACACGUUGACGGACCUCUUCCAGAGACAGUCCUGGAACUUUUGUCACUUAUAAUGCGAAGUUGCUUGCGGUCGUUCGUAGUUUGAGAAGAUGUCUUUUGGAUGUGUGAAGAGGUCGAGGGUGUUCUGGGAGAACCGAAGUGAGUUGGAGAAGAAACUGCUGCUCUUUGUGCUGUUCCUGAGUAUAGUGCUGUUGGUGGUUAUUUUAUUUAUAGUCUUCGUCGAUAGAGAUGAUACUUGCCUCACCAUGAAUUGUGUUAGCGCCUCUACUCAUAUUCUCGACUACGUUGAUUUCUCAGUACGACCAUGCGAGAACUUCUACAACUUCGUGUGUGGUUCUUUCUUGAAUAAAGCUUCGGAAUAUAACAAAAAACCCGCUAUAAAAAACAUUGAAGAACGGACUCGAAGUCAGAUAGAGUCGCUGAUCACGUCAAACACUGAUGACACUGCGACCAACUCCCUGAAGCUACAAAGGCAGUUUUACAGGAGUUGCAUCAACACAACUGCGAUCGAAGAAGACGAGAAUGACACUUUUUUGACCCUUAUCGAUUCUAUUGGCGGCUGGCCGGUCAUAAAGAAUAACUUUUGGGAUGAGAAGAAUUUCGAUUGGAAACAGACAAUGAUAAUGUCCAGAAAAUUGGGGCUCAGCUUCCAGAAAUUGAUCGGGUUAUCCAUUUCCUACAGCGAUGAGAAUACGACGAUAUUAGAGAUAACCCCUCCUGAUGAUGUCGAUCACAUCAACGCCGAAACAAUGGAACCGUAUGUAGAGCUCAUACGAGAUGUCGCCAUCCUCCUACACGCCCCAAGUUUAGGCAUCAAUUCCGAUCUACGUCACGUGGUCCAUUUCCAGAACGAACUCUACAGUAUAAUAAGCAAGGCUCGAAGUUCUAAGGCUUCGUCGAAAGAAAUGACUGUCAAACAAUUGCAAGACAAGUAUCCCCGGAUAUCUUGGUUGCAAUUCCUGAACGCAGUGCUGUCAGAUGCUUUGGUUUUGAAAGAAUCCGAUACUAUUUCUCUGAGAUCCGAAAGAUAUCUGAUAGAUUUGGAGAUUCUCCUCCUGAAUACGAAAAAAAGUACACAGGCAAACUACAUAAUUUGGAAAACGAUAGAGAAAUUUGUGCCCUUUCUAACAGAGGAGAUCCGAAGUAGGUUUACAAGAUUUCAAAGACAGUUUUUGGAUAAGAAAACCAACGGACACACGAGAAAGGAAGAAUGCGUGAAACUAGCUAAAGAAAUGUUCACCAACGUGGCUGAGAUCGAAUACGCGAGAAGAUAUACUGAUCCAGACACUAGGAAGGUGGUGAAAAAUAUUUUCGAAAAAGUGAAGGACGCCCUCAUUAGAAGACUGAAAGCUUCCACGCGUUUGGAAGCGCAUUUCGGAGAAGAUAUCGAAAAGGAAAUGAGAAAUAUGGAAAUACAUAUCGGUGGCACUGAUAUGAUAUUCGAUAAAGAGAAAGUAGAGGACGCUUUGGGAUACAAUGAUCUGAUAUUCUUGAACGAUGAUUUGGUGAAAAUAGUGACAAAGGUAUCGAUGAAUAGAGUCAGUUAUUUCUUCGGUAAAAUUGGAAAACAGGAUGAAACAUUUGCUCCAUAUACGGAUGUGAAUGCUUAUUAUAGUUCUUGGAGAAACGCCCUAAUACUCUCCGUUCCCCUCCUACACGAUAUUUUCUACGACAAAAAUCGUCCAAAUUUUAUGAAUUAUGGAGCCCUGGUAUCUGGAAUAGGUCAUGAAUUCGCGCACAGCUUGGAGAAGUUGGGAAAUCAGACUGAAGAGACGAAGGGUAGGUUUGUCUUCAUCUACAAUGAGGCAUUCUCGACUGCAUUCGGGAAUUACUCCAGGUGCUUCGAAGAAGAAUACAGACGAUAUCACAACGAAACGCAUCAGAAAUUUGGGACACCCCCUGAAAUAAGCAACUCAACGCUGGAAGAAAACAUAGCAGACUUCGUGGGUACAGACAUUGCCCAUGAACUUUACCAGGAUUACGUACAUCAAAAUGGAGUAGAAAAGAAUCUUCCAGGUAUUGACUUGACGCCCAACCAAAUUUUUUGGGUUAUGACAGGAACGUUUCUCUGCGGAAUGCCGUCUUCAGAAAAACCACUGUUUCUGCACGCAAACAGCGAAUACAGGAUAAAUUACAGACUCAGAAAUCUACCGCAGUUCGCUAGAGAUUUUCACUGUCCCUCUGGUUCGUUUAUGAACCCUGAAGAAAAAUGUAAACUGUACUGAUAGAAUAGUUAUUUAAUAAAAAAAAACAAAAAGUAUG